AUGGGAAACACGCUCUCGCAAACGCUCUACGCGUUUUUGCAGUACUUUGGACUCUAUUCGAAGCAUGUUACUAUCGCCGUAAUCGGCUUGGAUAAUGCGGGAAAGACAACAAUGCUGUAUAGAAUUCAGAACAAUAAGAUCAUUCAAAUGGCUCCUUCUUUGCAUGUAAACGAAGAAUCGUUUACCUUUAACGGUAUUUCGUUUAAGGCUCUUUUCGAAUAUUAUGGAAACGAUUUUUGUGUGAAGUUGAUGCAGGUAUUCUAUUUUGAUUACACUCAUCUCAGUUCUUUUCCUUGUCGACGCGUCAGAUUCAAGUCGUCAAUUUUACAAUCAAAGGAGUUGUGCUUUUUAUCUGAAAUGCCAUCUGUGAAAAAUCACCCUUUUGGUCUACUUUUGAACAAGUGUGAUCGGCCUGAUAUGAUUUCUUCAGAGGACGUUUUAUCGGCAGUUUUUCAGACUUCGUCGCUUCGUCCAGAAUCGAUCUAUACUGUUUUGCGAUGGCUGGCAUCUGUUGUUUAG